AAGCAAAAAAAGGCGAGAACGAGCGCGUCACCCAUUUUCUAGGGUUUCGCUUCUACAUCAAUUUGAGUCACGGUGAAGCAAAGAGGACGAACCACUCGAAGCAAGCACUCUUGUUACAUUACAUCAGAGAAAAGGGGUGAAACUGGUUCCGGAAGAUGGCUGGAAAGGAAGAGAUGCGUAUUUUUGUUGGAGGUCUAUCAUGGGACACUACAGAGCGGCAACUCGAAGAUGCAUUCAGCCGUUACGGGAAGAUUGUCGAGUCUCAGAUCAUGUUGGAUAGAGAUACAGGCCGCCCUCGUGGAUUUGGUUUUGUGACAUUUGCAGAUCGACGGGGAAUGGAAGACGCUAUUAGAGAGAUGCAUGGCCGGGAACUAGCUGGCAGAGUUAUCUCGGUGAACAAGGCUCAGCCCAAGAUGGGGGGAGAUGAACCAGGGUAUGGUUAUGGUGGAGGUUACUCAUCAGGUGGAAGAGGCAGCUAUGGAGGAGGAGAUAGGUCUGCAGGACGAUCUGACUGUUUUAAGUGUGGGCGGCCAGGACAUUGGGCUCGGGAAUGCCCUUCAGCAGGUGGUGGUGAUGGUGGACGGUUCUCUUCACAUUCUAGGUUCAGUGGUGGUGGUGGCCGAGGGGAUCGCUUUGGAGGAGACCGUUACAAUGAUCGCCACAUGGAUGAUCGUUAUGAUGGCAGACGCUAUGGUGACAGGGACCGUGUUGACAGCAGAGACACGAGAUAUGGGGGCCGUGAUCGUUAUGCCAAUGACCGCUAUCCCCCCAGUGGGGAUCGCUUUGUAGGUGAUCGAUAUGGGGGUUCAGACAGGUAUCCGCAGAAUGGUUAUGGAAAGGACAGAAACUAUGAUAGGGAUGGUGGCCCAAGAGGUGGUGGUGGUGACCGGUAUGGAAGUGGUGGUCCAGCUCGUUAUGAAGGAGGAAGUUACAGGGACAGGCCAGGCCCUUAUGAUCGUCCCAGCAGGGGAGGGCGUCCAUCUUCCUAUGAACGAUAUUAAGGGGUGGUUGUUUUGAAGACAGUUUUAGGUAUUUGUAUUUACAUAGGUUACUCAGUUUCUAACACUUGUUUCAGAUGAAUGCAGUUUACGGAUGCAUAACAUAUUUCCUCUAGAUAGAUUGAUGAAUACUGUGGAAGUACGCUUUGCUUGUCUAGUUUGUUGAUGAUUAAUGGGGCUCUCUGUAAAGGAAAAUAUCAAAUCACCUGAAUGUUCUUGGUUCUUGCUGUAAUGAUUUCCCUUGUCUACAAUGGACACCAAGGUCACCAAAAUGUUCUUAUUUUA